AUGCCGAAAGGAAAGAAAGCCGAGAAAAGAAAACAGAAAGUGAUUUCCGGUAUUCGAAGGAAAAUGAAGAGACUGGAGGAAAAACUAAGGGAAUAUGAUUCAAGUUCAGAAUCUGAAUCCUCUUCAUACGCGGAUAGCAACUCCUCUAGCUCCGGCACUACUUCGGAUAAAAGCGCUAGAAUGGGAGAAAUUAAAACCAUUCUUGGGGAGGAUCCGACUGAGGAAAAAAUUUAUGGACCGGAAAUAUCCUCAGAGUUAGCCAACCGCUGGAAAAGCUAUCUCCAGAAUGGCAUAGACAAGGAAACAAAAGCUAAACUUUUUGAAAACAGCCUUGUACCGAGCAACUGCUCCUUGUUGGAAGCCCCAAAAAAUAACCCUGAAGUCCAGACUGUCAUUUCUGCUUCAGAAAAUAAAAAGGAUAGUUUCUUAGCAGAAUUACAAAAUCAGUUGGGAAAAAGCAUUUCCGUGCUUGGUACUGCCCUUUCAAGAAUGCUGGAAGCAAAACAUAGUGCCGAAGACCCCGAUCCAAAUAUUACCAAUAUGGUGGAAGCGGGAAAAAUGCUCUGCGCGGUUCACCACGCCAUUACCAACCACAGAAAAUUUUUACUGUACCAUAAUUUUAAUCAGAAGGUGCAGAAAGUGGCAUCUAUGCAAUUAAGAGACUCCACUCUUUUUGGGGAAGACUUUGGCGAAAAAUACUUCAAAAAACCUGAAGACCUACGCCUCCAAAGAUCGAUGGAAGACACAACAAAACAGAGAAGGGAGGAGAGCAGUCAAAUCCAGCAAAGCCAUGACCUUCAAGCGCCGGAACGAGAGAGAGGCUCCGAAAAAUCGGAUACAGGAGCACAGCUCCUACAGACGUCGUCAGAUAUAGAGGUAACCUCUAACAUAAAACUGGCUGGACGAAUAAGGCUUUUCUUCGAGGAAUGGGAGAAAAUAACAACCAACGGUAAAAUUCUAGGUUGGGUUAAAGGUUACAGAAUACCUUUUAAUGCAACUCCUGUUCAAAAGAGGCCUCAAAAACCCCCAAAUUUAAGUGGGAAACUAGAAAAGUCUUAUUCAGACAGCAUUACCAAACUUAUUGAUAUGGGAGCCGUCAAAGAAGUGACUAAAUGUAAUGGGCAAUUCUUAUCUAGUUAUUUUUUAAGAAAGAAACCCGACGGCAACGACAGGUUUAUACUUAACCUUAAAAAACUAAAUACAUUUAUAACACCGCCCCAUUUCAAACUGAAAGACGCAUACUUCUCGAUACCCGUAGCCACUGAGCAGAGAAAGUAUCUUAGAUUUCAAUUCAAAAACAAAAUUCUAGAGUUCCAGUGUCUUCCUUUUGGCCUUGGCACUGCUCCUUACGCAUUUACCAAAAUUUUAAAACCAGCUAUUGAACAUUUAAGGGCGAAAGGUCUGUCCUCUGUAAUUUACUUAGAUGACACAUUGCUCAUUGGGAAAAGUAAAACAGAAUGCCGGGAUAAUAUAAAUCAGACAUGUAGUCUUCUUCAAAGGCUUGGUUUUGUAGUAAAUAAAGAAAAAAGUUGCCUCUCUCCUAAAAGAGAAAUAAAAUUCCUAGGAUUCAUUUUUAACACACAAAAAAUGACAAUGCGUCCAACUACAGAUAAAAAAUCAAAAAUUACUGCUAUGGUAAAAGCAAUCUUAAAAAAGCGAAAAAUAAAAAUUAGAGAUUUUUCCAAAUUUGUCGGUCACUUGGUUUCAAUUUGUCCAGCCACGCAGUAUGAUAAAAUUAUGAAAAUAUCUCCCAAACUGAAAAGUGAAUAUUUGUGGUGGUUAAAUAAUAUAAAAGAUUGCGAAAAUAGCAUUGCAAUUCCGAAGUACACACAUACGUUGUUUACAGACGCGUCCAAUUCAGGAUGGGGGGCUUUUUACAAUGGUCAAAAUGCAAAUGGUUUCUGGGAUUCAUUUGAAAAACAGAGGCACAUUAAUUACUUAGAAUUAAAAGCGACAUUUUUUGGUCUCAAGACCUACAUAAACCGAAUGGGGGGCGUUAAGUAUAAGUAUCUAAAUGAUUUAACUAAGGACAUAUGGCAGUGGUGUGAGGAAAGAAAUAUCAAAAUAUUUGCUUCAUAUAUUAACACAGAGAGCAAUGUUUUGGUAGAUAAAGCUUCGAGAUCCAAAGAAAUAGAUACAGAAUACUCAUUGAAUGUCGAAGCCUACAAACAAAUUGUUUAA